AAGGUAACAAUAAACUAUCACCACCAGCAAUGGACAUAUAACAUGCACAUACAUAGUAUUUUUCAUUUCAUUGUCAGGAACAGGAAUGAUUAACAUAUUAAACUUUGUGUUGCUGCUGCCACGUACAAAUGCAAUGCAACGUUAGUGGUAUACACAAAAUUGACCAUUGUUCUUCAUGACAUUGCGUUUACGCUGCUAUUCCUGCUUCUCUCCCUAAUUGAAGAGAAGAAGCAGGACGUUACAAAAGCCAAACAGAGUGCCCUAAAUUCAAGCGCAACGAGUCAAACAAACAGAGAAAAAGAAGAAGCAAAGAACAAAACCACCGAACUCUGGUCUUUGUUUUUUCUCUCUCUAUAAACUUGUCUUCUCUCACAACCUCUCCUCACUUUUUCUUCCUCUUCUCUCACCACCUACCACGUCGUUUCCGAUAAAGCCAUUGGAUUUCGAAAUUAGUGAUACAUUGAACAUGUGUUCAGCAACCAAGGGCGAUAGGAAGACUGCACUUGAUGUGGCAUCAUGGAUGUUCAAUAUAGUCACAUCUGUCGGAAUAAUCCUUGUGAAUAAAGCCCUCAUGGCUACAUAUGGUUUCAGCUUUGCUACAACGUUAACUGGUCUGCAUUUUGCCACAACAACCUUGCUGACAGUCUUUCUUAAGUGGCUGGGAUAUAUCCAAACCUCCCACCUUCCCUUACCUGAUCUUAUCAAAUUUGUCUUAUUUGCAAAUUUCUCUAUUGUCGGCAUGAAUGUGAGUUUGAUGUGGAACUCUGUCGGUUUCUAUCAGAUUGCUAAGCUGAGUAUGAUUCCAGUAUCUUGUUUCCUGGAAGUUAUCUUGGACAAUGUGCGAUAUUCAAGGGACACAAAACUUAGCAUUUCUCUAGUUCUCCUUGGCGUUGCUGUAUGUACAGUCACUGAUGUGAGUGUCAAUGCUAAGGGUUUUAUAGCUGCUGCAGUGGCAGUUUGGAGCACCUCACUACAGCAGUAUUAUGUGCAUUUUCUUCAGAGGAAGUAUUCUCUUGGAUCGUUUAACUUGUUGGGCCACACUGCACCAGUACAGGCAGCAAGUUUACUACUAGUAGGUCCCUUUUUGGACUAUUGGCUGACAAAAAAACGAGUUGACGCCUACAACUAUGGUUUCACAUCCACUUUGUUCAUCAUUAUCUCCUGCACCAUCGCAGUAGGGACAAACCUCAGCCAGUUCAUCUGCAUUGGCAGGUUCACAGCUGUAUCUUUCCAAGUCCUUGGACACAUGAAGACUAUUCUGGUACUGGCCUUAGGUUUCGUUUUCUUCAGAAAAGAAGGUGUCAAUUUACAAGUGAUUCUGGGCAUGACCAUUGCAAUAGCGGGAAUGAUAUGGUAUGGCAAUGCAUCUUCUAAGCCAGGAGGGAAGGAACGUCUUAGCUUACCCCUUAACCAUACCCCCAAGACACAAGAGUAUAAUGUACUACCAGUAUCCUCUGAAAUGGAUCAAGAAAUAUAGAAGUUGAUGUAAAUAAAGUGGUGAAACUUCUAUGGUGAAUUGCACAGGAAAAUCAGGUGCCCUCUAGGACAGUUGAUUCAUUUUCUUAAAAAGUAGAAGGAAUUUCCCAAUUACUGAUAGAUACAUGGUCAUAUAUCUGUGCUUUGUGUUACUGAGUUGAGGGAGGAUACAUCCAAUGGUUUCAACUCCCGUUAAAGAUAAAAAAGAAAAGAAUUUGGAUUUUUCCACA